CCCCCGGCCCGCCGCCCCCUCGUCCCCGCGCUCCCCCGCGAGCCCGGCCCGGCCCGGCGCGCCUGACGUGGACCAUUAAACUUGGAGCUGCCGCCUCGUCCCCUCUCUCCUCCUCCUCCCUCUGACAGGCGAGCGAGCGGCUUGGUCGGUGCAGGCAGGAGACGUGCGGAGGGCCAGGCUAGGUAGCCCGGGGGAGAUGACUUGUCACCAGGAGGACGCCUCCGGGAAGAAGACCACCACGGGGGCAGCAAAGUUUUGGGGCAGCUGAGCAGCCAUCGCCGCCAGCCCUUCCGAGCCCGAUCAAACCUCCCCUGGCUAUGGAGGGUGGACUCUAAAAUGAAUCCCGACCUGGACACCGGCCACAACACAUCAGCACCUGCCCACUGGGGAGAGUUGAAAAAUGCCAACUUCACUGGCCCCAACCAGACCUCGAGCAACUCCACACUGCCCCAGCUGGACAUCACCAGGGCCGUCUCUGUGGGCCUGGUGCUGGGCGCCUUCAUCCUCUUCGCCAUCAUGGGUAACAUCCUAGUCAUCCUGUCUGUGGCUUGCAACCGGCACCUGCGGACGCCCACCAACUACUUCAUUGUCAACUUAGCCAUCGCCGACCUGCUGCUGAGUUUCACUGUGCUGCCCUUCUCCGCCGCCCUGGAGGUGCUGGGCUACUGGGUCCUGGGGAGAAUCUUCUGUGACAUCUGGGCGGCUGUGGACGUCCUGUGCUGCACUGCCUCCAUCCUCAGCCUGUGUGCCAUCUCCAUCGAUCGCUACAUUGGGGUGCGCUAUUCUCUGCAGUACCCCACGCUGGUCACCCGCAGGAGGGCCAUCUUGGCGCUCCUGGGUGUCUGGGUCUUGUCCACUGUCAUCUCCAUCGGGCCUCUCCUGGGCUGGAAGGAGCCAGCGCCCAAUGAUGACAAGGAAUGUGGGGUGACUGAAGAACCCUUCUACGCCCUCUUCUCCUCCCUGGGCUCUUUCUACAUCCCUCUGGCAGUCAUUCUGGUCAUGUACUGCCGUGUCUACGUCGUGGCCAAGAGGACCACCAAGAACCUGGAGGCAGGAGUCAUGAAGGAGAUGUCCAACUCCAAGGAGCUGACGCUGAGGAUUCACUCGAAGAACUUUCACGAGGACACCCUGAACAGUACCAAGGCCAAGGGCCACAACCCCAGGAGUUCCAUAGCUAUCAAACUUUUUAAGUUCUCCAGGGAAAAGAAAGCCGCUAAGACACUAGGCAUUGUGAUGGGUAUGUUCCUUUUGUGCUGGCUUCCCUUCUUCAUCGCUCUCCCUCUGGGCUCCCUGUUCUCCACCCUGAAGCCCCCCGACGCCGUGUUCAAGGUGGUGUUCUGGCUGGGCUACUUCAACAGCUGCCUCAACCCCAUCAUCUACCCGUGCUCCAGCAAGGAGUUCAAGCGCGCCUUCCUGCGCAUCCUCGGGUGCCAGUGUCGCGGUCGCCGCCGCCGCCGUCGCCGUCGCCGCCUGGGUGGCCGCGCCUACACCUACCGGCCGUGGACGCGCGGCGGCUCGCUGGAGCGCUCGCAGUCGCGCAAGGACUCGCUGGACGACAGUGGCAGCUGCCUGAGUGGCAGCCAGCGGACCCUGCCCUCCGCGUCGCCCAGCCCCGGCUACCUGGGCCGCGGCGCGCCGCCACCCGUGGAGCUGUGCGCUUUCCCCGAGUGGAAAGCGCCCGGCGCGCUCCUGAGCCUCCCCGAGCCCCCGGGUCGCCGCGGCCACCGCGACUCAGGUCCGCUCUUCACCUUCAAGCUGCUGGCCGAGCCCGAGAGCCCCGGCAUCGACGGGGACGCCGGCGAUCGCGGCUGCGAGGCCCCCGCCGACGUGGCCAACGGGCAGCCGGUCUUCAAAAGCAACAUGCCCCUGGCACCCGGACAGUUUUAGGGUCCCCCCGGGGGAGGAAAGCAUGGAGGGGGGAGGGCAGGGCGGAGGGAGGGAGGGGAGGGUCAGCUCCGGGCGGACAGGGCCCAUGGGGACACGGGGUGGGGGAAGGGAAGGGAGGGGGGUGGGGAGAGGGGCAGCUGCUUCUUGGGCAGAAGCAUGG